AUGUUUGAGCAAUCUCGUAAAAAGAAUUCACACAAUCAAUUUUUUGGAACAAGGAAGCUUAUCGACAAGGACAUUGUUACGGCUAGUGAUGGUAGGAAGUUUGAGAAGCUUCACUUCAGAGAAUAUGAAUGGCAAACUUAUGGUGAAGCAUUUGAUCGUGCUUGCAACUUUGCAUCGGGUCUCAUUAAAUUAGGCCACAACGUGGAUACUCGUGCUGCAUUAUUUUCUGAAACCAGGGCAGAUUGGUUAAUAACAUUCCAGGGAUGCUUCCGACAGAAUAUUACUGUUGUUACUAUUUAUGCAACUCUAGGGGAGGAGGCGUUAAUCCAUGCACUUAAUGAGACUUCAACUUCGACCUUGAUAUGCGAUUCAAAGCAGCUGAAGAAGCUGGCUGCUAUAAGCACAAGCCUCAAAACGAUUCAGAAUGUUAUUUAUUUUGAAGAAGAUGGAACUUCAAAAGAAACUGGAUAUUCUGAAAGCAUGAGCGGCUGGACAGUUGUGUCCUUUUCUGAAGUUGAGAGACUUGGUAAAGCAUGUCCCGUUCCACCAAGCCUACCCUCUAAGAAUGAAGUUGAUGUUGUUAUGUACACAAGUGGCAGUACAGGUCUGCCAAAGGGUGUUAUGAUAACACAUGGAAACAUUGUAGCCACUGCUGCAGCAGUUAUAACAGUCAUUCCAGAACUAAAUAGAAAAGAUGUCUACUUGGCGUACUUGCCCCUGGCUCACGUUUUUGAAUUGGCAGCUGAGUCUGUCAUGGUGGCUACGGAAUGUAGAAUUGCUUAUGGUUCCCCAUUGAAUUUAACAGACAUAUCAAACAAAAUUAUGAAGGGAACCAAGGGAGAUGCUUCUGAAUUAAAGCCAACUCUCAUGGCAGCAGUUCCUGCUAUACUGGAUUGUGUUCGAGAUGGAGUACUGAAAAAGGUUGAGGAUACUGGGGGUCUAGCGAAGACUCUUUUUACAUUUUCAUAUACACAUCGAUUGGCAGCUGUAGAAGGAAGCUGGUUUGGGGCUUGGGGACUGGAAAAAAUGCUGUGGGAUUUAAUCAUCUUUAAGAAAAUACGCUCUGUACUUGGAGGAGAUAUUAGAUUUAUGCUCUGUGGUGGAGCUCCUUUAUCUGCGGAUUCACAACGCAUCAUCAAUAUCUGCAUGGGGGCUCCUAUUGGCCAAGGAUAUGGCUUGACAGAAACUUUUGCUGGAGUUGCUUUUUCUGAGGCAGAUGACACAGCAGUGGGCCGUGUAGGGCCACCCCUUCCUUGUUGCUACAUUAAGGUAUAUUAAGAGUUGAUCAUUUAUGCGUUAAUUUCAUCUAAUAUAAAUAUUCAACUGAUUGCUUUUUGACAUAGUGGUUAUAUAAUAUUUUGUAUUGAUUGCUUUUAGCCAGGUCUUAAUGAGAAAUUAAAAUGCAUGAAGCAACAUGCUUUUAGAUCAGUUCACUUAAUAUUAUUGACUUCGAUUUAAAAGGAAUGAUUUCUUUUUUCUUAUUAUUUUUAAAAUAGAUUUUGGGAGAUGAAAAGAGUGGAAAUGGAUUAUGCAAACAAUGAUAUUCUUGGAAAAGCAGUUGAGAAGAGUCUUAGCAGCAUUCUAGCAAGUGAGUUUUAUUUAAAGAUGCGUGUUAGAUUUAAAAUUGUUCAAAAAUCUUAUUAUUUGCAUAGAUUGAUAUGGUAAAUAACUUAAAUGUAUUGAAAACUAUAUUUUAUGUUAUAAGAGAAUUUGAAAACUAAUAUUGGUGGGGCUUUAGUAUGAUUUAUGCUUACUUAGUUGUGGCAGAGGAAUUGGUUCGUAGUAAUUAGUUGGAGGAUGCUAAUAGGGUUCUCUUAUGGGGUGGUGGUUUAUUCUUGUCCCAUGUGCCUUUUUUUUAAUUUUUUUAUGGAAUAUACGUGUACAAGUAAUGUUAGCAUUUUCUUUUUUAUAAGUUGAUGCAAUGUCUUGAGAUUAUUCCUUUUAAGGUUGAGGACUUCAGUUGUAGUUGUCUGAGUUAUGAUUGAUGUUUACAAUAGUGAUUAUAUAUAAUUGCUGCAUAUAUAACAUGUUCAGUUACGUUUUAAUUGUAGUCAUAAGGUUUCUUGUUCUACUGAUUUUCUUUAUUGAUUAAGAUAAUAUAUAAUGUAUUUUCUUAGCUAUGCAUAUACAUGAACUUUUCUAAUAGGUGAUAAUAAAUAAAGCAAUCUACAUUUGUUUUGAUAUGAGUUUUUGCUGCUAAACCAUC